AUGAGUGGUCAAAGCCGUAAGCCCCCGCCGUUGAUGUUCAUCGUGGGCGACGUCAAGAACCCCUACCGGACCACCAAAGCCAUCAAGUCGGCCAAGACGUCGCAUAUCUCAUCGCGCUACCGGUACUGGAGCAAGGCAAACCACCAGGAUCUCACCCUCGACUCGACCACCAAGGCCAUAUUGACCGGGACGACCUCAUUGUCAUCAUCAUCGUCGUCGUCGUCGUAUCUCCAGAGAUUGUCCGCUCCCACCACCACUGAUUCCUCUCCAAAGACGCCACAGGUGAGCGGUGCUCUAACCACCGAAGACGACGGCGACGACGGCGACAAUGACGACAAUGACGACGAGAAGACGGAGCAGGAUCGCAAGGAUCCCCUCCAGAUUCGCCAAAGGUACGGCUCUACGACAGAGGGAACAGACGAUAGUGGCACUCUCGUUGCCAUGUCAUCAUCAACGACAAGCUACUCAGUAGCAACAUCGCAGAAACCACUCGUCGCCAUCAAGCCCUGGGAGCGCGCCCUGCGGGCGUACGAGGAAUGGGCCGCCUCGCCGUUGACGCUGCUGGGCACGCAGUUCUUCGACAUCUUCACCCCGUCCACCGCGGUCAAGUACGACGCCGAAAUCAAAGCGAACCUCUACUUUUACUUUUGGGUCAUCAAGCCCUUUGCAACCCAUCUGCUCCAGUCGUGGACAUGGCUGGACAACCUGUCGCAGAUCCAGGCGUCGCCCUGUCUAACCUAUGCCGUGGCGACCUAUGCUUCUGUGUUUCUCUCCGGCAUGCUCAGAGGGGGUCCGGGCGUCGUGCUGCCACCACCGACUGAAAGGGGUCAGAAGUCUCCGUGGCAGAUACCGGCAUGGUUGCGUCUCCAUACGAGAUGCCUGGCCGAGCUGAAUGCCGUUCUGAGUGAUCCCAGUCAAGUAGUCGACGAUUCAUGCUACCAAGCAAUUCUGUUUCUGUACCGGCUAUCAGUGUUGCUGGCAGACGGCGAAAGUGGUCGAAUGCACCUCCAGGCGCUCAGACGCAUGUCCCUGCUCCUCGACACCGAUGAAGCUUCCCUCGAAACAGAACUGGCCGUAUCCAAAGUCAACAUCAUCGGCGCAUUCCUCCACAGCCGCUCCAUCGUGGUGGUUCGCAAGGCGCCCCGAAAGAAUCAAGGGCCCCGACAAGAGGUGAUUGAGGUGGAUAGGAAAUUCUGGAGAUCGGACAGAGAGUGGUAUUCCCACCGAGCACAUCUCGCCGGGCGCCUGCUGGCCUGGCGACCCGAGAGCCCCAGUGCCAGCCUGCUGCCGGAGAGUGCGAGCGCGAUUGCGCGCAUGGACCGCGGCAGCGCGAGGUUUCUCGGCGAGCCCGAGCACCUCGAGAUGCAGCGGUGCUAUCAGAUUGCGCUGUUCUUCUGGAUGUACCUGAACUGCAUCAGCUUCAACACCGCCGCGCUCAUCGUUCGCUCGAACCUGCUCGAACUGCAGUACCGCCUCUCCAACAUGGAUCUCCUGACCAUGAGUUCCAUCUACCACACCACGCUCUUCAACAUCUUCUUGGCGGGCACGACCGCAUCUCAGAACCAACCCGAAAGGUCAUGGUUUGUGCAGCACAUUGUCUGGCUCUACCCGGACGUCCAGCACCUCGACACCGUCUGGCAGCUGCUGGCCGAGUUCUUCGACCCCCUGGCGAUAAACUUCAGGUUCAUCCAGGAGACGUGGGAAGACGUGGUGGCGGCAAGGGGAACGGGACCCAGAUCCGGCUGCACCACAGGCUGGCAGUUGGUCAAGCCCAUCAAGCAUUUCCGGCCGACCUCCUACUCCCCGGAUCUGACCAGGCCGCUCCCGGUCGUGGAGCUCGAGGAUACAGAGGAGGUUGCGCUCGAGACGAGCAUCCACAGAUCGCCCGGUCGCGUGUCGGUGGCUUCUUGA